AAAAAAAACAACGGCUUCAAUAAAUUUUUUAAUUAAAUUUAAGGAAGCAUAGAAGCAAUAAGGCAAUUUUUAGCUUAAGACCAAAAGAACUCUUCAAUUCCAGAAUGUCUUGUACAGUAUCGGAACUGCCAUCAGGAUGCCGUUUACGCGGCAUGAGUUCAUCAUCACAAAGUGCUGCCAAUGCCGGUAGUGGUUCAGGUGCCGGCAGUGGUGGCAAUGGUUCCGGUGGUGGUGGCGGCGGCAGAGAAAGCGGCGGCGGUGGUGGUGGUAAUGGCCGCAGCGUUGUCUCCGAUGUCAAUACCGGUGGCAUUCACAUAGGCGGCAUAUUAAGCACAACAAACACAAUGGGAACAACGACAACAAGUGGAGGACUGACGGAUGGCACCACGCCACUGCAACGUCAACAGCAACAGUCACAGAAACCCUGUUGCUUUUGCUGGUGUUGCUGCUGUUCGUGUUCAUGGGCGAAAUGUUUGGCAUUAAAAAAUGCGGAAGACAAUGCGCCCACAAAACGUGAUCCUGGUAGUUCAGAUUUAUUACUAGAAGGAGAACAACCUUCAUUGGAAGAGAUACGCAGUUGGGGUAGUAGUUUUGAAAAACUCAUGAAGAGUCCAAGCGGACGAAAAGUAUUUCGCGAUUUUCUGCGCAGUGAAUUUAGUGAAGAAAACAUCCUCUUUUGGCUGGCCUGUGAGGAUUUGAAAAAAGAAAUGAACGCCGAGGCUAUUGGCGAGAAGGCACGACUAAUUUAUGAAGAUUAUAUAUCGAUAUUGUCACCGCGUGAAGUGUCACUGGAUGCCCGGGUGAGAGAGAUAGUUAAUAGGAAUAUGAUGGAACCAACAUCGCAUACAUUCGAUGAGGCUCAAAUACAAAUUUAUACACUAAUGCUCAGAGACUCAUAUCCCAGGUUUAUAAAUUCCCCUAAAUACAAAACAUUGGCUCAACUAACGGAUGGUAUGUCCGCAUCGGGUUCGGCAGCUGAUAGUCCCACUUAAAUAAGCGGCU